UAUUGUUUAGAUAUUGACGAGUGUGCGAGCGUGACCCAUUCGUGCCAUGUCAAUGCCUAUUGCAACAACACUAUUGGAUCGCACAACUGUACCUGUCACGCUGGAUACACUGGAAAUGGAAGAAACUGCUCUGGUAAUUAAGAAAAUUUUUUUCCUCGUUUUUAUUUUAACGUAUUUGUUUCACUUUGUUUCACUAUAGUCAAACUGUAGCACUUUGUUAUAAAGAUUCCGAGGUCUCGAUUCGAUUUUUCACUACUGCUCUUCAUUAAGUAAUGGUGUCUCCGUCUCUCUUUUCUAGAUAUUGACGAGUGUUCAACGGGCAACCACUCUUGUGAUGCAAACGCCUAUUGUAAUAAUACCAUUGGAUCACACAACUGUACCUGUAACUCUGGUUAUACAGGAGAUGGGCAAACGUGUUCAGGUGAACGAGGACCAUGUUUAUUGUCAAUUGAAUUUUAUAGCUGACUCACUUCUUUAUCGCCUACGCUUACAUAACUUAUUUGUCAAAUUACAUAAAAUGUUUACACACACGGAUGUAAUUAAAUCGAAUUUGUUCGUGAAAGGUUUUCUUUGAUUUUCUGUUUCUGUCCAGUUCAAAGAUAUUGUUGCCUUAAUUGUUUCUCUUCUUUAGAUAUUGACGAGUUCGUUUAAGUUCUACCUCCUGUCCCUCUUUUAGUUUACCUACCUGUUCUUCCCUUUGUCUGUCUGUCUGUAUAGUACAGAUUGAACAGUUCUGAUCAGCUUUUUCUAUACUUUAUCUACUAUCCUUUUACCUUAAUUUUUUUUAAAAUAUGAAAUACUAGAAAAAGAGCUGUACAGAAGACAAUUUAUAAUUCAGCCCAUGUUUUAUUAUUUAUUUCUUUUUAGAUGUUGACGAGUGUAUAGCCCAGACUGAUAAUUGUGAUGAUAACGCUUUUUGCAACAAUACCGUGGGGUCAUUUAACUGCACUUGUCUAUCUGGAUACUCUGGAAAUGGAACAACGUGUGUUGGUGAGUAUCAACUUCUGCUCUUUUAUAGUUAUAAGGCAAGGCCUACCUUUGUAAAGUUCUUGGAGACUGCCUCAAACCCGAGGUUACCAUGCUGAGCUAGGGGAGGGUUACUCCGAGUUUUCCACCAAACUGGUCCCCAGACUUUUACCGGGAAACGCCCUGGGGACCUUGGGAACAAGGUUGGUUUUAUAUUCACUCGUUCAAGAGAUCUGACAAGUGUUUUUUGGGGUAUAGUACUCGUACAGUUUUAGAAUGCUCGUUAUAACAAAAAGGAUUAAGUCCGCUUUGAGCUCGAGUUUGCUUUCUUCACAUUUAGACUUCAUGUAAUGAGUUAUGUGCUAUAAAAUGAACGGGUUCAGUUAUUUUGUGGUUUGAAUAAAUAAAGAACUAAAUGAUAGAUGAAUGAAUGAAUAAAGAUACUAGAUAAAUAAAUUGAUAUAUAAGUAAAUAAUCAAAUAAAUAUUGAAUGGACCUCUACAUCUGGCCCAAUGUAAUCGAUUUAUGAUAUUUUACAUUCGUUUCUUCCAUUAGAUGUUAACGAAUGUGCAGAUAACACCGAUUCGUGUGAUACCAAUGCUUAUUGUAAUAAUACCAUCGGAUCUCAUAACUGCACUUGUUACUCUGGAUUUGCUGGAGAUGGAAAAAAUUGCACUGGUGAGUUUCUUCACGAAAAGGGCUGCCUUUGUUCAAUGGUGUCUGGCUGGCAUUAUGUUUAAAUGCUGACGGCAUAGCCUCGUGUUUCGCCGAAUGUUCUAGGCUUUUCAUUACUACCAUUUCUGGGCGCCGCAAUAGAGGUUUAAAAUUGAUUUUCAAACAAAACAGUGUUAUAAAUUCCUUUAUUUGCAUGUUGUUGUAUUCUUUUCUGGGCGAAGGUAUUUGCGUGUGGAAUCCGGCCUCCCGCUAACCGUUAGAAUUCGGAAUCGAAUCCAGUUCCUGGAAUCCGGUUUCCACGUCGUUGAAUCUAGAUUCCAAGACUCUCUUGAAUUCUCUUACUUGAGGCAAGAAGCUCAUUACUUACGUUUUCAAACUGCUCGCCCUUCCACUGACUCAUGCCCAUAGUUAGCCUCAAUUAACAAAACAAUUCUUCAAUUUUUAACGAUCACUGCCUUUUUUUCUUCUUUCUAAGAUAUCAACGAGUGUUCAACCGGCUAUAAUAACUGUGAUCCUAACGCUUACUGCAAUAAUACCAUGGGUUCUCACAACUGCACUUGUAAUCCAGGUUACACCGGAAAUGGGACAUGGUGCACUGGUAAAUGAAAAUGAUAAAGAUUCUGUGGAAUAAGGCGGUAACAAAAAGUUUUUUUUGAGUCGCUGGUUUUAAGCCAUCCAUUUUCUCUUAGCUUUGUUGUUUACUUUUCUAUAACAUGUACAGUUCCUUACGAUGUCCUUAAGUCUUGCUAGUUUCUCAUUGCUUCAAAGUACUCAAGCACCGAUACAGUAUGUGAGGUUACGUGGUUUAAACGUCGGCAAGUUAAAUAACACCUCCUUUUUUGCAACUGCAACAUUCUUCAAAUUCCCAAUGAUUGGAUUGCACAACUAUGGCCAAAGUGUUAACCUUUAUUGACUGAGAAUCUCCAAUGCGAUCGCUUCCGUUUAAAAUUGACCUUACUCAUUGUCUCAUGUUAUCUUGCCAACCUCGAAUAUACAGUAUUUCACGCGAUUCGAUGCAGAAACAACAACUUUGGUUCCUUUCAGAUUUAGACGAGUGCGCAACUAACACCCACUCUUGUGAUGCCAAUGCCUAUUGCAACAAUACGAUUGGGUCUCAUAACUGCACUUGUUACUCUGGAUACAAUGGAACUGGUUUACUUUGCGAUAGUGAGUAUAUGUAGUAAACGUGAGUUUCACUAUAGACAGUAUUACUACCAGCUAAGCUGUUAUUUGGAAUGAGCAUUUACCUAAAUCCAUGUCAACAUCUUAAACGAAAGGCCCAAUCAUGCGAGCCAUUACCCUCUAAAACCAAACACUUAAGAGCGGUCUUAUGGACAUUUAAUGGCCCAGUUGCCUUUACUUUCACAAUGGACGCUUCGCACACUGAACUCAGUUAGUAUCAGAUCCUGAGACUUGAGGGUAUUAAAGUUAAGGCUCGAACGAUCAUCUUGCUGCCAUAGCACUGAGCCGAAUGACCCGGUUUUCAAAAUGAACUAAAAGCUUUCAUAAAAACUCAUAUUGCCAAUUUUCUCAUAUAAACUAAAAGAAUUGCGUGACAUGUUUCUACAUGAUGUUUUACGUUUCCAAGACAACCAGCCACUCAGCGAGUUAACAACAUACCACUGCUUUUGAAAUCAUUCUGGAUAAUUUUCAAGUAAACCGAAAAUCCAAGAUGGUGGAUAAAAAAUAGUGGUUAUAUUGAAUUAUGACGUAUUCAUUUCGUCAGCUAUCUCCACCAAUUGAAGUAACUACCUUGGCGUGCUUCGACGUUUUCGAAUCUAAAAUUAUAUUUAAUACUUUCAUUUUCAAAAGCAUUUGAGCGCAUGUGCAAGUGUUAAAAUUUAUUAUUCGCUCUCUAUGAAAUGAUAACCCGAUCUCAUCCUCAGAAACUCAGAUCCGAUACAUAACAGUGCUGUUAUUCAAUCAUAGAAUUACUGAUAAUAAAUAUUUGAAAUGCUUUCAUCACUGUGAAGUAAUUUUGCGUCAUCUUCUCCAGACAUCAACGAGUGUACAACAAACGCCCAUGACUGCGAUCCUGAUGCAUUUUGCACUGAUACCGAUGGAUCGUUUAAUUGCACCUGUAAUUCUGGAUACACUGGUAACGGAACGUCAUGUACUGGUGAGCAUAAGUUAGUGUAAAUGUUAUUACCACUUUAAUUUUUUUUUAAAAAAAAGACACCUUUUAGCAGAAACUUAACAAAAAUUUUUUUUGCAAUGGUUUUAUUUGCAUUUUUGUUAUUAUAAAGUCAAACCCUACCCCACCCCCCAGCCGUCGUCCUCUUCACGAACGCCUGUCUAUUACGGACAGUUCUCUUUAAUCCCACCUCUGUACAGAACAACUUUUAACUGAGCAUGGUUCUGUUCCCUUGGUUUCCUUUAUAAGGUGAUUUGACUGUAUUUGAGGGAGUUUGCAGAAAAAUAUUAUCACUUGUACAGCAAUAAUCUUAUAGUAAUCAAAGGUGAAAGUGCUGAUUAAUGCAAAGGUUAAACUUCAAUCUUUGUUUCUUGUAGACCUUGACGAAUGUGACACAGGUGCAGAUUCAUGUGAUACAAAUGCCUAUUGUAACAACACUAUUGGAUCUCACAACUGUACUUGUUAUUCUGGAUACACAGGAAAUGGAACAACAUGCACUGGUGAAUAUUCAACUAUUUAGUUUCGUAGUUUGACAGUCACACAAGGUGUCAUCGCCCUUCCUAAAUGAUUUUACCGCAGUUCUUUGUUUUUGGUAAUGUUUCGUUUAUUUUCAUUUUUUUUAUUUUCUAAUUUUUUUAACAAGAUAUUUGAUUUAGCUUUUAAAUAAAGUACGCAUCUCUUGUUUUUCAAACUUUAGUUCUUUUCAAUACUUAUUAUUUGUUGAUGAUGGACUAUAUGAUGGACUAUAGUGACAUAAGUGAUACUAAAGUCAUUAAAAGUCCUCUUUACUGCACAAAAAAAAAAAAAAAAACACACACACACACACACACACCCCCAAAGGUCGGUAUAUAAGGUGUCUUCUGAUGAACUCUAUAAACAGUAAGAUUAUGUCUUCCCUCUCCCCAAAGAUACAACUCCUCAUGCUUUUAUCUCCGUAUAGACAUUAACGAGUGUUCAGACAACAGCAAUAACUGUGAUGUCAACGCUUAUUGUAACAACACUGUGGGUUCUUACAACUGCACUUGUAACCCUGGAUACACCGGAAAUGGAACGACAUGCACAGGUAAAUAUCUUUUUUUUUCCUGAAUAUUCAGACUCGGCAUGAAAUAUAUCAAUUUGUGUAUGAAGACUUUCAAAAAAAAAUACUAGACUACCGUCUCACAUUGUUAUGAAUACUGACAUUCAGGAUGCAAAAAGUUGUCAAAUUGAACGCCCAACCCUUAGAAAAAUAGUGGGUUAAAAUCUAUAUUUCUGAAAAAGCCCGAUUAUAAAAACGUUUGAUAAGAACUCUUCCCCAGCAGUUAGAGAGGUCUUAACCCAGACAAGAGGUAAAAAAAGAAAAAAGGAAGGAAAUAAAGAAAAGAAAAAAAUAAUAAGGAGAAGAAAGAAAGAAAUUGAGGUGAAGCUCUAAGUGAAGAUCCAAGUUUAUCAUAAGAGCUAAUGCGGCGCUCAAUCGGGAAAAAAGUUUCUUGUUAAGCAUAACUCGAGUCUUCGGUUUUUAUUCAUUCUAAGCUGAUUUCAUUUACCUUUCAGACGAGGAUGAGUGUGCACUCGGCACCGAUUCAUGUGAUGUCAAUGCUUACUGUAAUAACACCGUGGGAUCCUAUAACUGUACGUGUUACCCUGAAUACACUGGAAAUGGCACCUUAUGCACAGGUAAAUUCUUGGAUAAUACACUAUUAUUUUAACCAUAUUUUGUUGUCAUUGAGAAAUGCUACUCGGGUUUCAAAUGCUCUUUUUCUGACGUUUCGAAAGUUUGUAUGUCUUUUAUUAGGUGUCUGGGGCGUCCAUCGGUGACACUGAAAUGGCCGAAAUUUUAAAACACUCAUCGUGCUGAAAUGUUUCUCUUCAGCAUCUGUUGUAUUUUUUUUUCUCAGAUUUUGACGAGUGUGCAAACAACACCGAUAAUUGCGAUGUCAAUGCUUAUUGUAACAAUACUGUGGGGUCCUUUAAUUGCACGUGUAACUCUGGAUACGCAGGAAACGGAACAACAUGUGCUGGUAAAUAUGAUUACUUGUUCUCGAUAGAAGUUCUUCUAUUUAUUUUUCAUACAUUGUAAUGGACCUGUUGGUUCCUUUUCUCUCGAAAUAAAGACCAACUAAAAACUACAUUGGUAGACGCUUUUUCUUCCGGUUUUGAACUCAAGAAGCGCGCAGGUUUACUAAAACUACUAACUGAAAGCAUUUUGUAACGUCGCCUAAAAUCCGUUAAGACUGACAGAAUACUUAAUCAUUAAUGCACUCAAAAAACUAAUUAUGAAUAGGUGCGACAUUAAAACAGCGAAGUGGAAGGUAUACUGUGCCUCAGCUUCUGGUUUUAGACGCGACUUUGAUUGACAGUUAAAUGAACACGUGAUAAUGGUGAUUCAGCUUUCGCGUUUAACAGUCGACUCCUCGACCGUGUACAGAGUACGUUCUUGUUUGGAUAGCAAAAUUUCACCGUUUUAAACGAGCAUAGAACAGAUAUGUUGCAGUGUAUGCUUUAAAAAUAUCAUGCGGUGAAUAUGAUGUCUGCCGGAAAAAUCUUUAUGACUUUCUAGUGCAGUGCUACAAUAAUCGGGCAGAACCUAGUUGAUAGGUGAUGUGGCUAUGUCUUAUGUUUUUAUUAACGGAAAGCCAGUAUAAUUUAUCUUUCGGACGAGGAUGAGUGUGCAAUCAGCACCGAUAGAUGUCAUGUCAAUGCUUACUGUUGAUUUUCGUUUUAGACAUUGAUGAGUGUGCAAACAACACCGACAACUGUGAUGUCAAUGCUUACUGUAACAACACCGUAGGGUCCUAUAACUGUACUUGUUACCCUGAAUAUACUGGAAAUGGCACCUCGUGUACAGGUAAUUUCAUGUAUGACACAUCUCCCAAACAUAUUUUGUUGUUACUCAGUUCUCAAUGUCCUUUGUCUGUUCCCCAAAAGCUACAGUCUGCCCCUGUUACUUGCCUCCUAGUUUUAUCUUUCUGUCUAUCCCUUUGUCUGUCUGUCUGUCUGUCUGUCCGUCCUUCCGUCGGUCCGUCCGUCCGUCUGUCUGUCUGUCUGUCUGUCUGUCUGUCUGUCCGUCCGUCUGUCUGUUUGUUCAGCUUUGUGAUCAUGUGUGAUCAUGCUGUGAGCACUUUCCUCUCGCUCCUGUAACUUUAAAUAAUAUUUGAAGCGGCUAACAUUUCACAAUUUAGCGUGGUAAAAUUCUUAUGCUCAGCCAUAUUUCUUUUCUUAGAUUUUGACGAGUGUGCAGCUAACUUCGAUAACUGUGAUCCCAAUGCUUAUUGUAAUAAUACUGUGGGGUCUUUUAACUGUACUUGUAACUCUGGAUACACAGGAAACGGAACAACAUGCACUGGUAAAUAUGAUUUGUUUUUUCUCGAUAACGGACUAAAAAACCUUUUAUCAAAAUAAUUCUUUAAGAAAACUGAAUCCAGAGAAGGUAAAUCAUUGCAACAAAUUGAAACCUCAAAGUUGGUACAUAAUGUUUUUUUAGUUGAUGAAAUACAUUGACCACCUUAGCAGAAGCAGACAACGUUAUUCCAUUGUCAAAGGGGAAUGUAGCUGAUUGUGGGUUGUGUGCUGUUUAUUUAACGGAUGUUGGAUCUCUGCUUUUGCAUUGUGGGAAUAUGGUAAGGUGGAAAACAGGAAAAAAUAAGUUCCAUUAAAAGCGUUUGUUUAUUCCUUGAGGAUAAAGCCUAGGGUGUCGAUUGGAAAGAUUUUCUUUUAUGCCAGACUUUUGCGGCUUUCCGUGUUGCCUGGGUGAAUCAGAACAGAAACUGCAGAUUGUCAUGUUCUGGCUGGAAUGACUGGAAACAUUUGAACUGUAUGGUGAGCUGCUGGUUUCGUACCAGCAAUGUAUAUUGUGCACUGAUGAUAAUGAAUGUACGUCAGUAUAAAAUAUGCCUUUAUAGUUACUGAUGGUUUUCUUCCCACUUCUCCUAGAUGUUGACGAAUGUGCGGAAAAUAGUCAUAAAUGUCAUGGCAACGCUUACUGUAACAACACUGUUGGAUCAUACAACUGCACCUGCAAUUCAGGAUAUUCUGGAAAUGGCUUCAACUGUACUGGUAAAAAUAUAAACGUUUGCAAUAGAUAUACCUGUGAGCACUAAACAAAGAGCCGGAAUUAACUACGUUUAACCCCCUACUAGCCGUUACCUUCUCAUAACCGCAAGGGGGACAAUGCAUGGGCCUUCAACUUUGUCUUUACCUUUCAAUGACUGCCCCUAGAGAAGGGUCUUAGAACCAAAACAACGGUCGCAAUACUGAGGUACAGCUAAGUUACUAUGAUUGGUUACGCUCACUGUACAUUAUUCCUCUACUUGCCAAAAUAUGCACCCAAUACAGUAGCCAUCUGGGGCGAAUCUAUCUGUUUUGACGGGGUCUGGCCCAUGGGGGCAUGUUCCCAAGUGCUCUAAAAAGAUAAUUCUUGGGUUUCAUCAGAAAUGGAAUCAACAGUCAUAUAAACCAGGAAAAGACUUUCCUCUAUCAAUGUAUUUUUCUUUUCAUCACAGCCAUUUUUCAAGAGACAACAUAUAGUGUUUGUUGGCGAUGUAUGUCUACCUACGUUUUUCGAUAGAGACCGAACGUGUUAAACGUUAGUAUUUCGGCUUAGGGAGUUCGAACGAACCACUCGAACCACAUCUUGCCGGUUCCGCCCCAGGUCACUUACCUCCGUGAGUCUUCAGGGUAACAAGGUUUAACAACUUCAUUUCCGAAAAGGGCGGGACUAUCAUUGCGCAGAUGACUCAAACCAAUCCUCUUGAUUCUUUCUAACUUUUCGGGAAAAUCUAGAUCUAUUACAGAAUAUUAUAUAAUAGCCUAUUAGAUCGUUACACUAUGAUAGGAGUUAGUUACACCCUUGAGGCUAGCUGUAAUGCUGGUUUUGUAAGUAGUCAGUUAAAUUGUUUAUUUGAGGGCUUUUUUGAAAUUUUCAUGUUAGAUAUUGACGAGUGUGCAAACAACACUGACAACUGUGAUAUGAACGCUUACUGUAACAAUACCGUGGGGUCUUACAACUGCACCUGUUAUGCUGGAUACUCGGGAAAUGGAACGACUUGCAUUGGUGUGUAAAUUUUGUUAUCUUGGUCUUUAAUGAAUAACAUGCUAUUUCACUAAGGAUAUGGUAGUUAACUAAAAACUUAUUUACACUGGAAUAUGGCUUUAAUUUCUCAUAUUUUAGAUAAAGUGUACGACACAUCUUUUCAAUUGUGGUGGAAAAGGAAAUUGCGAACAACCUAAGACUAUUUCCUAAAACACAUUGUUCCUUCUCCUCUGGAUAUUAUUACAAACUUUUGCGCGUUCACUUCACUUGAAAUAAUAUAAUAAAUUAUAAAACGAAAAAGAUAUGUGUCUGAAAAGUAAAAUGCUAUGUAAUUUUAAAACAUCUUAACUGUUAAUACGUAAAGAAAUGUUCUGGCAGUCAUAUGCAUAGAAGGAAUCUAUGUUGCAAGAGAAGCAUCAGCAGUAACAAAAAAUUAAUAAAGAACUUCAUCAAUAGUGUUGGACCCCGCGGGACCUCUGCGUUAAAAGCGUGGUACCGAACUAAAUAUGCUACGAAGUUACCUAAGUGAAUUUUUAAUCAUGCCCAGAGAAUGAAUGGAUACAGGUUAACUAAUUAAUAUAACUAUAAACUAAGGAUAUGAAAUAAUAUCAGAGAAUUAACAUUCGAUGAUGUUAAAGACCGCUUAGGAAACUCUUUAAUUCAUUUGAAUUUACGUAUUGGUGUCAGUGGAAUCAUAUCACGAGAAUUACAAGGUAAGCCUUGUGAUCGGUAGUGUUUUUGUGGAAGUAAAUUAAAAACUAAACUACAUUUCUUUUUGUCCAAUAGAUAUUGACGAGUGUUCAAACAACACCGAUAACUGUGAUGGCAAUGCCUUUUGUAACAAUACCAUUGGGUCCCACAACUGCACUUGUAAUCCUGGAUACACCGGAAAUGGAACAUGGUGCACUGGUAAAAUAAGGCACCUUCUUACUUCUCAGAUAUUAUUAAAUUAAAUAAAAGGUGGAUUUAGGUCAACUGUAGCUACUUGAACAGAUUUGGUGUGCCGUUUACUGUACAAUGCAACAUAUAAAACAACCUGUGAAAGUUCAGUGGUGAUGGUAAGUCACUCUUUCAGUUAGUCAGUCUGUCUGUCUGUUUGUAUGCCUGUCUGUCCGUCUGUCAGUCAUCCAUUCCGUCUGUCUGUCUACCUGCCUUACUGCCUGUCUCCCUGUCAGUUAGUCAGUCUGUCUGUCCGUAUGUCUGCCUGUCUGUCCGUCUGUCAGUCAUUCAUUCCGUCAGUCUGUCUACCUGCCUUACUGUCUGUCUGACUGUCUGUCUGACUGUCUGUCUGUCUGUCUCUCGGUCUAUCAGGCUAGCUCUGGCUCGAUCGAUCUUGUUACUACCCCAUUGCUUGAAGAUAAGUUCGUUUUUUUCGCCCGUUCUUCCUUUUCCCGUUCUUUAUCUCUAGGCCUCUGACUGUCCGUAAAAAGGCCAACUCUGUUUGUCGUUGGUUAAAAUUUCUUCUAUUCAUUUAUUUGAAAAGUCAUAAAUCUUGUGCAAUAAUCUUUCUUAAUACCAAAAGCACAUUUCUAGUGAGUUUAUUACCUCAUUCAUCAAGUAUUGUAUUUUCUUGAAUAUUUCAGAUAUCGAUGAAUGUGCAACCAAUACCCAUUUAUGUCAUUACAACGCGACAUGUAAUAACACCAUUGGUUCUCACAACUGUACAUGUAAUCCAGGAUACACAGGAAAUGGACAAAAUUGUACUGGUAAAUAUUGG